AUGGCCAAAAUUGCAUCAUCGCUUUCGGAGGUUGAUCCGAUUCCUCAAAACAUUGAAGAAUUGAAAAAGCGAGACGAUUGGGAACAGUGGAAAGCUGCAAUCGACAGUGAAAUGCAAUCUUUGGAAGUUAAUCAAACUUGGAGAAUGGCAGAGAAAAACAUCACCAAGAAGCCAAUUCAGUCGAAAUGGAUUUUUAAUAUUAAGGAGGACGGGCGAUAUAAGGCACGGCUAGUGGCCAAAGGCUGUUCGCAACGUCCCGGGUUCGAUUAUGGCGAAACAUUUUCUCCAGUCGCAAAGAUGGAGAGUGUUCGAACAAUUUUAUCCAUGGCUAAUGAGAUGAAAUUACAAAUCCACUGGACCGGACUAAAACGAAUACUACGGUAUUUGCGUGGAACAAUGGACACAUGCAUAGUGUAUCAACAACAUAAGGUUCAAAGUGUGUUGAUAGGAUAUGCAGAUGCAGAUUUCGCAAAUGAUGAGGAUAAUCGCAAAUCUGUAUCUGGAUAUGCUUUCCAGGUUUAUGGAAAUCUUGUCGCAUGGGCGACGAAGAAACAACAAACAGUCAGUUUGUCCUCUUCUGAGGCAGAGUUAAUAGCAUUAUCAUAUGCUGUUAAGGAAGGUUUGUGGUUAACACACCUUUUGGAAGAAUUGGAUGUGGCCAACAUUCCAUUAAUUAUCAUGGAAGAUAACAUCCCUUGUAUAAAGUAUGCGGAGCAACCCAGGAGUCACCAAAGGAUGAAACACUUGGACGUCAAGUACAUGUUCAUCCGCGAUUUGAUCAAGAAAGUUUUCGGUGCCAAUACGUUGGUAACUCCACCACAGGACAUCAACCACGAAACAUUGGAACGUGUCAAACAAAUCGCAGGGGAUAUUGCUGCUCUAUUGGUCGUAACGGGGCCAUUCAACAUGCAGCAUAUUGCGAAGAAUAACGAACUCAAGGUGAUCGAGUGUAACGUGAGAGUAUCGCGAUCCUUUCCAUUCGUGUCCAAAACGCUGAACCACGAUUUUGUAGCGAUGGCCACGAGGGUAAUCGUCGAGAUGAGUGUGGAACCUGUGGAUGUGCUGCAUGGGUGUGGAAUGGUGGGCGUCAAAGUUCCACAGUUCAGUUUCUUCCGUUUGGCCGGAGCAGAUGUGAUGUUGGGGGUGGAAAUGGCAUCGACCGGCGAGGUGGCUUGCUUCGGACAUAAUCGAUACGAGGCGUACCUCAAAGCAAUGAUGUCAACCGGAUUCCAGAUACGAGCCAUUUUGCUUAGCAUUGGAAGUUUCAAGCACAAAAUGGAACUUUUGCCUUGCAUCCGUAUCCUGCACAAGAUGGGAUACAAGCUAUACGCUUCGAUGGGAACCGGAGAUUUCUACACCGAACAUGGCAAUGGCGUUGAUGUGGAAUGCGUUCAAUGGACGUUCGACGCAGCCGUAACCGGCGAAGACAACGGUAGCGUCGGAGAGCUGAGACAUCUGGCCGAAUUUCUGGCCAACAAGCAGUUCGACAUGGUUAUCAAUCUACCGAUGAGGGGUAACGGAGCCCGCCGUGUUAGUUCAUUCAUGACCCAUGGCUAUCGCACUCGCCAGUUGGCAGUUGAUUACUCCAUUCCUUUGGUUACAGACGUCAAAUGUACUAAGCUACUGCUGGAGGCAAUGCACCGAAUAGGGCGUGCUCCACCGAUGAAAACGCAUUCGGAUUGCAUGUCUUCGAGAACCAUGGCCAAGAUGCCCGGCUUCAUCGAUGUUCACGUGCACUUGCGAAAGCCGGGGGCGAGUUAUAAGGAGGAUUUCAGUUCAGGAACUGCAGCGGCGUUGGCUGGAGGUGUCACGUUAGAUUGCGCUAUGCCCAAUACGAAUCCACCGAUCGUGGACAGACAAUCAUUCCAAUUGUACCAAUAAGAUCUUGCUCAGAAGAAAGCCCGAUGUGACUAUGCAUUAUUUGUCGGGGGUUCGUCCAUCAACUUCUCCAGCAUCAGUGAACUCGCACCGCAAGCUGCCGCUCUAAAAAUGUAUGUGAAUCAGACAUUUACCACCUUGAAGCUGAACGACAUGCUCGUAUGGCAGAAGCAUCUAUCGAACUGGCCUAAGCGAGCCCCACCGUGCGUUCAUGCUGAAAGCCAAUCUACGGCUGCCAUAAUUCUGCUGGCAUCACUAGUUGAUCGCCCAAUCCACAUUUGCCACAUGGCCCAAAAGGAAGAAAUUAUGAUUAUUAAAGCAGCAAAAGAGCGAGGCAUCAUGGUCACUUGCGAAUUUUGCCCCAAUCAUUUGUUCCUCUCCACCAAUGAUUUAGACCGAAUUGGCCGUGGAAAGGCGGAAGUUCGGCCGAUCUUGCGUAGUCCAGAACAUCAACAGGUUCUUUGGGACAAUAUGGAUGUCAUCGAUGUGUUCGCUACUGAUCACGCGCCGCAAUCAAGGGAAGAGAAAGAGUCGGACAACCCACCUUCCGGAUUCCCUGGGGUAGAAACUAUUCUUCCUCUGCUACUGAAUGGCGUCAACGAAGGACGUCUAUCUGUGGAAGACCUGAUCGCUAAAUUCUACAAAAAUCCUCGCAAAAUGUUUAGUCUUCCGGAGCAACCCAACACGUAUGUGGAAGUUGACUUCGAUGAAGAGUGGGUCAUUCCGGAUUGUCCUUCGCAGUCGAAGGCUCGCUGGACGCCAUUUGCCGGAAUGAGGGUGUUGUAA